AUGACUGGUACCGAUCCUGGGUCCAUCACGCUGGUACCUGGUUCGGUCUGGCCUCGCUGGAAGGAGCGUGAAUGCCGUCUUCUUCGUAUUUUGGAAAUCCAAAAGGAAUUUGUCUUGUAUACUAAGUAUAAGAGGAACGUCAAGAAUAAGGAGCAGAUCAUUAUGAAUUCUAUGCCACCCCGUUUCUAUUGUGGAAUAGAAGUUUCAGAUGACUGA